AAAGUACGAGUCGGGAGAAGACUCGCCUUCCAAGCUCUCUACCGAGGUCCUUUGCUCGUUCACUACCAUCUACUGAGUUACGCCUUUCCCAGCCAAACCAAGUCGGACCUUUCCCAUCAGCACGGACCUCAAGAAAGAGUUUCCCCACUUGGACUGUCAUGUGAUUGGCUACCACCACUUCUCAGCCGGCGUGGCAGGUUCUUAUCGACGAUUACCCAAUCGGGAAAGGUUCCAGCCCGGCGCCGCUGUUCGCUUCUUUUUUUACGAGUUUUGCGCGCCUCUUUCGCUUUCGGGUUUUCUUUUCCUGUCUCUAUCCCACCACCUCUGUUCGGUGUUUGCCUUGAAAACGAGCGACUUCUGGGAGUUUUGCGCUCGUUGUUGGCUAGAAAGCUCCUCCUUUGGUUUUUUUUUACCUUACUUCUGACCGCAACCGGUGAUCAGCGUCUGAGAGCUCUUGAGGCCCUCCAGCGAGUCCCCCGCUUUUCGUCUGCUUCGUAUUCGUCCACCUUCUUUGGCCAUGUCCGACUCUAAGGCCUCGGUCACCGUUCAGACGACCGACUCGAUCGACCGUGUGUCGUCGUCGUCGCAGGCGAAGAAUGCCUCGGUCGCGGGAGUAAACCCCGCCGUGGGGGAAGAGGAGACGCCCGUUGUGUUGGCGGACAAGGUUGACGAGCGGAAGAAGGGAUUCUUGGCGUAUUUCAAGACCAAAGAGUUCUAUAUUGUCCUAUUCCUUGGACAACUGCUCGCCAUCGCAAACACCGCUACUGGCACCUUCACCACGCUUCUGGGUGAGGAGGGUUGGGCCAUUCCCACCUUCCAGACUCUGCUCAACUACAUCGUGCUGACAUGCAUUUUUACCCCUUACACGAUAUACCGUUACGGAUUCAAGGGCUGGCUCCGUGUGAUCUACACUGACGGCUGGAAAUAUAUCAUCCUUGCGUUCUGCGAUGUCGAGGGCAACUACUUUGUCGUACUGGCUUAUCAGUACACCACCAUGCUCAGCGCUCAGCUGAUCAACUUCUGGGCUAUCGUGGUCGUCGUGGUCGUCUCGUUCUUGUUCCUCAAGGUCCGCUACCACAUCACUCAGAUCUUGGGUAUUGUUAUCUGUAUUGGUGGUAUGGGUGUGCUCAUUGCCUCGGAUCACAUUACCGGAACCAACGGCGGCGACGUCUCGAGCGGCCACCAGUUGAAGGGCGACCUGUUCGCGUUGCUGGGUGCCUCGUUCUACGGUCUGACCAACACUGCGGAGGAGUACUUCGUCAGCAAGAAGCCCGUGUACGAGGUCUUGGGUCAAUUCUCGCUCUACGCAUGCAUUAUCGACGGCGUUCAGAGCGCCAUCUUCGAGCGCCACAACUACCACUCUUCCGUCUGGGACGGCAAGGUGGGCGGCUACCUGACCGGUUUCACGCUGUGCCUGUCGCUAUUCUACUGUCUCGCUCCGUUGAUGUUCCGCCUGUCAUCCGCAGCCUUCUUUAACAUUUCCCUGCUCACCAUGAACUUCUGGGGUGUCUGCAUCGGCAUCAAGGUCUUCCACUACUCCAUCCACUGGAUGUACCCCAUUGCCUUUGUCUUGAUCAUCGUCGGUCAAUUGAUUUAUUACCUGGGCCGCAAGGCUCUGGCCGAGGCUCGGAAGCCCUGGUUGGGUCAGAACCAGGAGAACGGUGUUGCCGGCUUGUUCACCGCGAAGAAGCGCAUCGAGCAUGCCGCACCAGCCGGUCAAGACCCCCAGGAGCACGAUCCCGAGCGCCCACCCACCCACAACACCAGCUCGGUCUAAGCCUUUCAAUCAGACGACUGCGACUGUUCGUGGGAUGGAAAAUUCAUUGUUCAUAACUUGCUUUGGUUUCUGUCUUUCUGGACUCACAGAUGGGAGUACAUAUCUCUGAGAGGGGCCGGAUCAACCUGGAUAUAGACCUUGAGAAGGCACACGGCUGGUCUUUUGAGCUCAGAUUGGACCUUGAUUAUGGCUAGCGCGGCUGAUUUGACCGGGAAGUUGAUCGCCAUAUGGCGUGCGUGCGUUUAAUGCUUAAUUAUGUAACUGUUUAAUUUCCUCGACGAUUGAUCUGAAAUAUACGAACAUUCAUGAGGACGAAUUUAUCUACGCGUGAUUCGCUUGAAAAGCGCCCUUUAAACGCCACUUAAGCCAUGUUUCUACCUA